GUAUACGAACAGUCGGUCAGAUUCGAGUUCCCCAUCUCGAACAACCAGGCAGAAUAUGAAGCCCUUAUAGGAGGCUUAACCCUAGCGGCAGAAGUCGGCGCGAGAAGACUGGAAAUAUGCAGUGACUCCCAAGUCGUCACUUCCCAAGUAAACGGUAGCUACCAAGCCAAAGAUCCCUUGCUUCAGAAGUACCUGGAAAAGGUUAAAAGCUUGAGCCAAAAGUUCGAAGAGGUCACGAUCCACCACGUACCUAGAGAAAGGAACACACGGGCAGACCUCCUAUCAAAGUUGGCCAGCACAAAGCCAGGGGAAGGGAACCGGUCUCUCAUCCAAGGCAUGACGAGAGAACCAGCAAUCACACUGCACGUGACAAGCCUAGGUUCUUCAUGGCUAGACCCACUCACCGACUUCCUAGAACACGGCAAACUCCCCAGUGAUGAAAAGGACGCGGCAAAAUUGAGAAGGGAAGCGGCCAAAUACGCCGUCAUCCAAGGACAGUUGUUCAGGAAAGGGCUCAACCAACCCCUACUGAAGUGCCUACACCCCGAUCAGACGGACUACGUCCUAAGGGAAGUCCAUGAGGGCUGCUGUGGGCACCACAUCGGAGGCAAGGCCCUGGCGAGGAAACUAAUCCGAGCCGGAUACUAUUGGCCGUCGAUGAUGGCAGACUCCAAAGAGUUCGUCAAAAAAUGCGUAAAGUGCCAACAGAACGCCAACUUCGCCAGGGCGCCGGCCUCCGAGUUAAGCUUGCUGACGACUUCUCGACCAUUUUCUCAAUGGGGAGUCGACCUCUUAGGGCCUUUCCCAGUCGGCCCGGGGCAAGUCAAAUACCUCAUUGUCGCAAUUGACUACUACACCAAAUGGAUAGAAGCCGAACCGCUAGCCAGCGUAUCCUCAUCUAAUUGCAGGAAGUUCAUGUGGAGGCAGGUGGUAACGCGAUUCGGGAUACCGGAAGUCGUCAUCUCCGACAACGGCACGCAAUUUACUAACAAGAAGUUCAUGGAAUUCCUCAACGGCCUGGGCAUAAAGCAAAGGUUCUCUUCGGUAGAACACCCUCAGAGAACGGACAAGUGGAGUCCGCCAAUAAGGUUAUCCUCUCAGGGUUAA